CGGAGGUGUACCGCCAAGCAUCCCCAAUGAUUUUACUCUUUUUUUCUCUCUCUCUCUCUCUCUCUCCCUGACGACGAUGAUGACGAUGCCCACUGAUUUUUAAUGAUAGCGAUGGACGAUGAGAAUGAUGAUGACGACGACGGAGAUGAUGAUGACGAUGACGAUGAUGAUGAUGAUGAUGAUGAUGUUAAUGACAUGGAUGCUGCUGCUGGUGAUGAUGACAAUGAUUAUGAUGACGAUGAUGACGAUGAUGAUGAUGAUGACGGUGACGAUGAUGAUGAUGUUCAUGACAUGGAUGCUGUUGCUGGUGAUGAUGAUGAUGGUAAUGGUGAUGGUGAUGGCAUACAUGAUGAUGCUGAUGAUGCUGAUGAUGCUAAUCAUGGUGAUCAUGAUCGUGGCUGUGUGAAUUACUGUGCGGGUAAUGGUGCUACUGCUUGGGAUGAUGGUUAUGGUGAUGAUGAUGACGACGUGUAUGAUGAUGUUGAUGACGUCGAUGAUUAUGAUGAUGGUGAUGAUGUCGUCGAUGAUUAUGAUGAUGAUGCUGAUGAUGUCGUCGAUGAUUAUGAUGCUGCCGCUGCUGCUGCUGCUGAUGAUGAUGAUGAUGACGGCGUGGAUGAUGAUGAGGAUGAUGAUGAUGAUGAUGAUGAGGAGGAGGAGUAUGAGGAGGUCGAGGUGGAGGUGGAGGUGGAAAAGAGUGACGAUGACGAUGAUGAUUGCGUGCAGUCGUUGUAUAGUCAAACAAGAAAUGGCGUUGUGCACGCUGUCGCAUGGAAUUGCAAUGGGACAAAGUUGGCAUCGGGAUCUGUUGAUCAGACAGGACGGGUCUGGAUGUUUGACAAUCGAGGACCGAUGAAGGGAAAAGAUAUUGAGCUGAAGGGGCACACUGACAGUGUGGAUUACGUGACAUGGGAUCCAACGCAUCCAGACCUUUUAGCAACAGCAUCAGCAGACAAGACCGCAAGGCUCUGGGACACGCGAACGGCGAAGUCCCAGGCUGUGGAACUAAGCGGUGAGAACAUAAACAUAGCUUUCAAGCCUGAUGGGAGACAUAUUGCUGUUGGGAAUAGGGACGACGUCUUGAGCAUUGUUGAUGCCCGCAAGUUUCAAGCCAUCCAGUCGAAGAAAUUUGCGUUCGAGGUCAAUGAGAUAUCCUGGAACAGAACGGGGGAUCUUUUCUUUAUGACCACUGGGCAAGGUACUGUGGAGGUUAUGGGUUAUCCAUCCUUACAGACUCUUCAUGUGCUCAAUGCUCACACUGCGGGCUGUUAUUGUAUUGCGAUGGACCCGAAAGGAAGGUACUUUGCAGUCGGGAGCGCUGACGCAUUAGUAAGCUUAUGGGAUCUUCAGGAAAUGCUAUGCCUUCGCAUAUUGAGCUUUGCUGGCUUCUACCGCUUAAAUCGGGGUCUAGUUCCCUGUGUCCCUGGCGUUGUACUGCACGGAGUUGGUGUUUUCAUUGUCAAAAUGUCAGGUAAGAGUAGUUGCCAGAUUACCAGGCAUUUUGAAGCCCUUAAGCCAUCACGCCCAAGAUCGAAAAGUCGCUGGAAAUGCAAGUACUGUAGUAAAGAGAUAACAGGGUCGGCUGAAGUAUUGCUUGAGCACUUCUUGCCAAAGUGCUUGACCAGCAGUGCUCCUUUGAAUGAAGAGGAGAAGAGGCGGCGCUGGGAAGGCUUUGACAGGGUGGUCGAGGAUGCCAGGUCUCGGGAUAUGCGCCGGAUGAAAAGACAUUUCACUGAAGCGCCAACGAAGCAGCUACCAGGUAAGCGUUGUUGUCAGAAGUGGACAUGCAACUACUGUGGUCUGGCCAUGACAGGGGCCGGCUUUACCUUGCGGAACCACUUUUUGUCAAAGUGUUUGAUGCAUAAUAUUAGUGACCUUGCUCUACAGGAGUGGGAGCAGCGCUGGGAAAAGCACAAAGAGGCUGUUCUGGACGUAAAGGGUGUUGAUACAGUCGAGGAUUUGACAAAAACUGACAAGGUGCCACAGUCACGUAGUGACCAGCCCUCAUCCUCGUCUGCGAGUGAAGGUGUGCCACCUGCAGGCCCCGAAGGAUCUGCAGAACUGGGCACGACAAGUGGGAAUGAUCCAACUGCUAAGGAAGCUGCUAUGUCCAAUGAGCAUAGCAACUUUGAUGAGCAUAGCAACUCUGCAGGCGAACCUACAGGCAGCCCACCAAGGAUGAGUCAUGCAGAGCCCGCCACCGACGAGGUUAAUGGCCCACCUGCAGACGAAGCUGCUACAUGUAUUGAACUUAGUGCAGGUGAGGAGAACCCUGCAAAGCCUGCCGUUGCACGUGGUAAUGAUGAUCCACCAAUUAAGGACGCUACAACGUAUAUGGAACAUAGCGCACGUGCAGGAAAGCCCGUAGGUAUUCCACCGAAGACGAAGCCUGCAGACUGUGCCAUCACGAAUGGUAAUCGUCCGUCCGCUGAGGAAGCUCCUAUGUGCAUUGAAGAUAGCACACCUCGAGGGCAGCCUGCAGAUAACCCGCUAAGGACAUGGCCAGGUGCUGUCGGCACUGGUGGUUGUGAACCUGCGGAGAGAAAAUUUAUUAAAAGCUCGGUGACGAUGUCAUCGCGGAGAAGCCAUGCGGCCCCUGCAUCUAGUGUGAUCGCUCGUUGUGAAUCUGCUCACAGGGCAGUUGACUACUUCCUCACGGCUGAGUGCUUGCCAUUUGAAAUUCUCGACUCGCCGCCCUUCAAGAUGCUUGUGGAUGCAGUCCGUCGAGCUCCUACAUCUUGGACUCCCUGCUCAUCUGAGUUCGCUCGCGAUUCAAGGUUGAGGUUCCAGAUGGAGCGGUUGCGUGCAGAACUCGAGCAGGUCAGGCAGCAGUGGGCAUCUACUGGUUGCAUGAUUGAGCUUCACCGUUGGACAGAUGAGCAAGGUCAUCCUUUCAGGAAUGUUAUGGUGUCUUCCCCGAACGGGUGUGUGUUCUUAAAUACGGUUGGUAUGACCGGGGAGGAACGGCAGCCUGAGGCUUACAAAAAUAUUUUGCGGGAUGCGAUUGAGUUCGUUGGCAGGGGCAAUGUUGUCGGGAUUUUGUUCGAGAAUGCACGAGUGUUUAGAUCUGUCGGUGCUGUGAUUGCGGAAGAGUACCCCGGGAUCUUUAGCGUGGGAUGCACUGCGCAUGCCAUCUGCCUUAUGCUGCACGACAUCUGCAGCUUUUCUUCUGUGCACGAUGCACAAGAGGUGGCCUACCUUUUUAUGAACCAUGAGCGUGUCUCUGAGCUUUUCAGUUUGCAUUCAGGAGGUCGAAAGCUUGUGCUACCCACCAGAACCCGCCCGUCAUCGACUUUCCUGAUGUUGCACUCUCAGGUGAUGCUUCGGGAAGCUAUGGUAAAAACAGUGUUGGAGAUGGGAGUCUCAGAUGAUGAGCAUUUUCAGACGGUCACUGCCCGUGUCUGUGAUGAGUCUGGGUACUGGUCUCCAGUUAUGCAGGUCUUAUCAGUUGUGGAGCAGUUAAUGGGGGUCCUUCAGUUUGUGGAUGAAGGCAGCCCCUCUUUGAGCAAAGUGUACCAGAAGAUGGACUCUGUCGUCCAUGAACUGUGGAGAAACAACCUACUGGCUCUGCCUUUCAAACAGAUGGUGCGGGAUGUCAUCAUGAGACGAUGGCACAGAAUGAUGAGCCCCCUGCAUUGCGCAGCGCAGUUCUUAGAUCCGGAAUUUCAUACAAGCGCUGCCUGUGAAUUUGAGGAGGUUCAAAAAGGUUUUGAAAAGUGGUUGUGGUCCUGGUGCAAGCAAGAGCAGUAUGGAGAAGUGAAACAGGAGGUAGAGAUGUGGCUGCAGCAGGAGGGAGCUUUAGGCAGCCAAUUGGCAAUCGUGGAUGCCCAGGAGUUAUUACCCGCAAGGUGGUGGGAGAAGUAUGGGAAAGCUCUCAAAAUACUCCAACCACAAGCUGUCAGAUUGCUGGGUCAAGCGAGUGCCUGCAGCUCGGAAAGGUUUCGGAGCUUAUACCGGCGGAUACACAGUCGUCAGAACAAUGACUUGAAUCCAGAUCAGCUGUCCGACCUUGUCUUUUGCCGGUGGAAUGUGCAUUUCUUCACCGCUGCUGAGAGCUGGAGCACAGAGAAAGCCACAGUCCCUGCUCAGACUAAGCAAAGAGGGAAGACUCCGGAUUCUGUCCUCCGCUUCGGUCUUUCUGCGGAAGAUGGAUGUCGUGGACAGAAAACACUCUUCCCUUGUCAGGCUAGGCUGUGCGGGAGGGUCACGGAAUCAUCUGGUCAUAAGCCUUGUAACAAAAGCAGCAGUGCAGGGAAGAGAACAACAUCUGUUGUUCAAAACCCUUGCAGUUUAAGCAGCAGUGGACUGAAUAUGACAGCAGCAGCAUCUUGUCACAGUGAGCUUGGCAGCAAGGCUUUAUGUGUUGCUCCUCCCUCUGAUUGCUGUUUGGAAAGAGGCAAUAGCAUGCAGAUCGACUCCUCCACUCGUCACAAUGAACUCUGCACAAGUGCUGCCGAACACGAAACAAGGUCCACGAGAACAGAAGCGCCGACAAGAUUUGGUGGUCAGCUGGCAAGGUUUCGUUGGUCUCUGGUAUCUUUGUUCCGCUGGGCCCACCCCUCUGCCGGCGGAGGCGCCGAAGCUGUUGAACCUGCAGCCCCGGUUCAGAAUGAGCCUGCGGGAGAGGCAGCAAAGACGCACACUCUCCUCUUGGCGAACUCGUACCCAGACGACCACACGAUGGUAAGGACAGGAUGUAUGGGGAUGAGUCAUGGCGAAGUGGAGUUUUGUGAAAUGAUCGAAAAAUCAUUAGUGGGAAGAGAACUUAUGUGGGAGGGUUGUGGUGGUGACAUCACUGUGGCACCAUUGGUGAACACGAGAGAUGAAGACGUGGAGGAUGAGAUGGAUGACAUCCAGGAAGACAUUGACGGUGGCCAGGAGUGGCUGAGAACGACAGCUCCCGGCAAACACAUGCACAGGCUAAGGAAAUCUGAGGAUCCUGAGAAGUUCAGCCGCAAAAAGGGGAAAAGAACCAUGCCAGGCUUCAUGCCACAGGAGCUGAG